AUGGGAGCCCGUGCCCCCAGGCUACACUUGCUUCUCUCUUGUUUCUGUCUGUUCGGGGUUGAGCCUGCUACGGAGUUCAUGCAGGUGCAGCGUCAGGCAUCAGCACUUACAUGGAGAGCCAGUGCCGAGCUGCAACGGGAGCCCGCUCCUGAGCCCAGUCACAGCUACCAGGAGAUGUCCCUUGCAGAAGAUGUCACAACCGUGAUGGAUGGCCAGGAGGCUGCAGCCCUAGAUGCGGUGGCCAUGUCUUCAUGGGAAAGGCGUCUCCACCGGGCCAAGUGUGCACCAUCUUACUUGUUCUCCUGCUUCAACGGGGGCGAGUGUGUGCACCCAGCUUUCUGUGAUUGCAGACGCUUCAAUGCCACUGGACCUCGUUGCCAGCUGGUGUAUAACGCCGGCCCUGAGCGGGACAGCAUCUGCCGGUCCUGGGGGCAGUACCACGUGGAGACCUUUGAUGGCCUGUACUACUACCUCUCUGGAAAGGGCAGCUACAUGCUGGUGGGACACCACGAACCGGAGGGCCGGAGCUUUUCCAUCCAGGUGCACAAUGACCCACAGUGUGGCUCUGCCCACUACACCUGCCCGAGGUCUGUCAGCCUCUUCCUUUCGGGGGAACAUGAGAUCCGCCUGGCCAAGGAGGUCACCCAUGGAGGUGUGAGGGUCCAGCUGCCCCAGGCGGUGGGGGCUGUGCAGCUGCAGCAGCUGGCUGGUUACGUCAUCGCACGGCACCCAUCGGCCUUCACGCUGGCCUGGGAUGGCACCUCAGCUGUCUACAUCAAGAUGAGCCCCGAGUUUCUGGGCUGGACACAUGGGCUGUGUGGGAACAACAAUGCUGACCCUCAGGAUGACCUGGUGACCAGCUAUGGGAAGCUGACGGAUGAUGUCGGGGAGUUCGUGCUCAGUUGGCAGGAACAAGGCCCCAACGGCCCCCCAGGACCUGUGACUUCUUCUCCGCCUCGACCGCCAUGCCUGCAGCAGAGCCCAGCAUCCAUGCAGGGUGUGUAUGAGCGAUGCGAGGCGCUGCUGAGACCUCCCUUCGACGCCUGCCAUGCCUACGUCAGCCCCCUGCCCUUCACAGCCAGCUGUACCAGUGACCUCUGCCAAUCAGGAAGCAGUGAUGGCACUUGGUGCCGAGCACUGACCGAGUAUGCCCGGGCAUGUGCACAGGCAGGGCGCCCUCUGCAGGGCUGGAGGACCCAACUCCCACAAUGCAGUAGGUGCAAAGAGAAAAAGCUCUGCGUAUGGAGAAGCCACCCCGUGCCUUGUGAAGAGAGGAAGUGGUGAGUGAGCCUUUGCUAUCACACCCUAGGGCUGAUCUUUGAGGAUGGGGGCUGCAUGUCACCAGCUGAGUGUCCCUGUGAGUUCCACGGGACCCUGCACCCACCUGGCUCUGUGGUGACCGAGGACUGCAAUGCCUGCACGUGCACUGCAGGGAAGUGGGUGUGCAGCUCUUCUGUCUGCCCAGCCGAGUGCUCCGUGACUGGUGACAUCCACUUCACCACCUUUGAUGGACGCCGGUACACAUUCCCUGCCACGUGCCAGUACAUCCUAGCCAAGAGCCGCUCCUCGGGCACCUUCACAGUGACGUUGCAGAACGCCCCAUGUGGCCUGAACCAGGAUGGAGCCUGUGUCCAGUCAGUGUCUGUGAUUCUGAACCAGGAUCCCCGGAGACAGGUGACCCUGACUCAGGCAGGAGAUGUCCUUCUGUUUGACCAGUACAAGAUCACCCCACCCUACUCAGAUGAUGCUUUUGAGAUUCGGAGGCUGUCCUCCGUGUUCCUGAGGGUGAGGACCAAUGUGGGCGUGCGAAUCCUCUAUGACCGGGAAGGGUUGCGGCUCUACCUGCAAGUGGACCAGCGAUGGGUGGAGGAUACCGUGGGCCUCUGUGGCACCUUCAACGGCAACACACAGGAUGACUUCCUGUCUCCAGUGGGUGUGCCUGAGAGCACCCCACAACUGUUUGGCAAUUCGUGGAAGAUGCUGUCUGCCUGCUCCCCACUGGUCCCUGGCUCCCUGCUGGACCCCUGUGAUGUACAUCUACAAGCUGCCUCCUACGCACUACAGUCCUGCAGUGUGCUCAUGGGGGAGCUCUUUGCACCCUGCUCUGCGUAUCUGAGCCCAAUACCCUACUUCGAGCAGUGCCGCAGGGAUGCCUGCCGCUGCGGACAGCCCUGCCUCUGUGCCACGCUAGCCCACUAUGCCCACCUAUGCCAGCGCCAUGGGCUCCUGGUUGACUUCCGUGCCCAUCUGCCAGCCUGCGCACUGUCCUGUGAGGCCACCAAGGAGUACAGCCCAUGCGUGGCCCUGUGCGCACAAACCUGCCAGGACCUGGCCAGCCCUGAUGUCUGUGAGGCUAAUGGUGGUGGCAACUUCAGCAGGGAUGAGUGUGUGGAGGGUUGCACCUGCCCGCCGGACACGUAUCUGGACACACAAGCAGACCUCUGUGUCCCCAGGAACCAAUGUUCUUGCCACUUCCAAGGAGUGGACUAUCCCCCUGGGGACAGCGACAUCCCUUCCCUGGGCCACUGCCACUGCAGAGAUGGAGUCAUGAGCUGUGACAGCCAAGCCCCAGCCGCGUCCUGUCCAGCAGGCCAGGUCUUUGUGAACUGCAGUGAUCCGACCCCGGCCCCUGAGCUCAGCAGGGAGAGGACCUGUGAGCAGCAGCUGCUGAACCUGAGCAUGCCAGCACGUGGUCCCUGCCUGUCGGGCUGUGCCUGUCCCCAGGGCCUGCUCAGACAUGGGGAUGCGUGCUUCCCACCGGAGGAGUGUCCAUGUACCUGGAAGGGGAAGGAGUAUUUCCCUGGGGACCAGGUGGUAUCUUCCUGCCACACCUGCGUGUGCCAGCGGGGUUCGUUCCAAUGCACCCUGCACCCCUGUGCCGCCACCUGCACCGUCUACGGGGACCGACACUACCGUACCUUUGAUGGACUUCCGUUCGACUUCGUAGGGGCGUGCAAAGUGCACCUGAUCAAGAGUACAUCAGAGCAGAGCUUCUCGGUGAUGGUGGAAGAUGUGAACUGCUAUAGCUCCGGCGUCAUCUGCAGGAAGUCCAUCUCCAUCAAUGUGGGCAGCUCACUGGUCAUCUUCGAUGACGACUCGGGGGAUCCAAGUCCUGAGAGCUUCCUGGACGAGAAGCAGGCUGUCCACAUCUGGAGAGCAGGCUUCUUCACACUGGUGCAUUUCCCACGGGAGCACAUCACCCUCCUAUGGGACCAGAGAACCACUGUGCACGUGCAGGCCGGCCCUCAGUGGCAGGGUCAGCUGGUGGGCCUUUGUGGGAACUUUGACCUGAAAACUGUCAAUGAGAUGAGGACCCCAGAGAACCUGGAGUUGACGAACCCCCAGGAGUUCGGCAGCAGUUGGGCUGCAGUGGAGUGCCCAGAUACCCCAGACCCCCGGGACACGUGUGUCCUGAAUCCUGUCCGAGAACCAUUUGCCAGGAAGGAGUGUGCUAUUCUGCUCAGUGAGGUGUUCGAGACCUGCCACCCCGUGGUUGAUGUCACAUGGUUUUACUCAAACUGCCUGACGGACACGUGCGGCUGCAGCCGAGGUGGUGACUGUGAGUGUUUCUGUGCCAGCGUGUCUGCCUACGCCCAUCAGUGCUGCCAGCACGGGGUGGUCAUUGACUGGCGGACCCCCCGCCUCUGCCCGUACGACUGUGACUUCUUCAACAAAGCGCUAGGUAAGGGUCCCUACCAGCUGUCCAGCGUGGCGGCCGGCGGCGGCGGUGGCGGCACUCUUGUGGCCGCGAAGGCCGUAGACGGUGACAUAGGCCUUGUGAGGGCAGAGGACCUGGCGCCAGGGGACAUUUCAAGCUUCCUGCUGACAGCUGCUCUGUACAAGGCCAAGGCCCAUGACCCUGAUAUUGUGUCCCUGGAGGCGGCGGACAGACCCAACUUCUUCCUGCACACCACAGCCAACGGGUCUCUAGGGAUGGCUAAGUGGCAGGGUGGUGAAGCCUUCCAACAGCAUGCCUCUUUCUCCCUGCACCGGGGGACAUGGCAGGCCGGCCUGGUGGCUCUGGAGUCCCUGGCAAAGCCUGGCUCCUUCCUCCACUCAUCAGGCCUUAAGCUGGCUCUGCGGACAUACGAACACACAGAGGCAUUUCGUGGCGGUGUGCUCUUCCGCCUUCUGGAUGCCAAGCCCUUGGGGGCCGCCUACCCCAUCUGCGAGUGGCACUAUGAUGCCUGUGCCAGCCCCUGCUUCCAAACCUGCCGGGACCCAUGGGCAGCCAGCUGCCAGGAUGUGCCCAGGGUGGAAGGCUGUGUCCCUGUGUGCCCCACCCCUAAGGUCCUCGAUGAAGUCACGCAGAGAUGUGUCUAUUUGGAAGACUGUGUGGAGCCAGCCCUGCAGGGCCCCACGGAGGCGCUUGGCAAUGAGACCCUGGCACCUGGUCAAGCGCUACCCACCCCCAGUGACAAGCAGCAGCUCCCACGGGAGCCUCCCAGUGCCCCCACCCACGGGCCUGCCCUUGUCCCAGGAGCCCCGCUGACUUCAGCCCCCAACCCGCCAAUGGCUGCCCCCGUGGGGCCAAUGCUGUCUCCGGGCCCCACCCAUCCCACGCUGCACCCCCCACUGGGGCUUACAGCAUCUAAUCUUCCUGCUCCCCACACAGAGGCCCUAGACAGAGAGGAAGGGGCUGCCAGCCUCCUAGCCACUUCUCGCCUCCCAGGGUCCUCAUCCUCCCUCUUCAGUUCUCCGCAGACACCCACAUCUGGCACUGUAUCUGGCACAACAGAGACAACCAAAGUGACCGCGACCUUUGCAGGGAGUCCCAACACCACGGUCUCCUCCCGGUCCCCCCCUGUACCUCGCCUCCCGCUCAUGACCAGAGCUGUGACAGUCCUAAGUCGUGACUCCCUUCCUGUUAGGACUACACCCCUACAGCCCUCUUGGCUACCAGGCCCCUCUUCCAGACCUGCGGCUUCCCCUGGAGCAACUUCCAGGCCCCCCACCUCCCUGGGGUCCCACCUGACAACUCCGGUAACUAAGGUCACAGAUAAGACAGUGAUGUCCCCGUCCGUCCUGGCCCAGAGCACUUCAAGUUCCAGCCACGCCCUGGCUGUGAGCACAGCACAGAGGGUUCCGGGCAGUCCCCUCGUCACCAAGGGCUUGGAGGUCUUGGCAGCUACAGAGAAGGGAGAACCUGGGCACAGCCAGCCUACGAGGCUGACAGUCUCCUCACACCCAAGCUCAGCCCCCAUUGACUUACCUCAUCCAGCCCAACACUCCACCGCAGCCCCCGGGCCUCCAGCGCUGUCCCUAGGGACCCUGGCUGCUGGCAGCCCAUUCACGGAUGCUCACAGACUGGGGGCCACAGCUUUAGUUCCUCUAGAGUCAACUCGGCCACCCCAGCUUCUCUCUGGCCUGCCUCUUGACACCAGCCUGCCCUUGGCUAAAGCGGGCACAUCUGCCCCAGUGGCCACACCGGGCCCCCCAGGCUCUAUCACCACCCCUCCACCGCAGCGGCAGGCCACCACUCCGGCCGUGGCCACGACUGUGACACCACCUGCUCACACACUCAGUCUGACAGUGCCUCUCACGCCUGCUGUGGAGGACCAGGCACACUCACCUAGCCCCAUGGAACCCCAAGUAACAGCUGUGGCUCCAGACUUAAUUCUGGGAGCCACAUUGCCAAGCUCUGGAGCCUCAGCGGUGACUGCUGGGAUGCCCCCCACAGUGUCUGUGGCCCCACGGAAGAGCACCACCCCUAAAGCAGCCAUCCUAUCUAAGAAAGUAACUCCGCCCACCUUCAUCUCUGGCUCUGCCCAGGGUGGGUUCACAGAGCUCACAGCUGUAGUGAGCCAUGCUGUUAGCCCCUUGGUGACAGAGGCGGAGGGACCCCAGGCUGGCACAGGGCCACUGGUGCCCACAUCCUACUCCCUAAGCCGGGUAUCAGCCAGGACGGCCUCCCGGGAGAGCUCACUGGUUCUGCUGCCUCAGCUGGCAGAGGCCCAUGGGACCCCAGCAGGCCUCCAGCCCCAAGAGGAUCUAGUGAGGCAGGCCACCACGGAGCAGUCAGGGCGCUCAGCUCCAGCCCAGAGCUUAGCAGAGGGAUCGAUGGAGGUCGACGUGAACAUUUCUGCCACCUGUGUGCCCAUCGCUGAACAAGACUGCAUCCGGCACAUUUGCCUGGAGGGCCAGCUGGUGCGCGUGAACCGGUCUCAACACUGUCCCCAGGGCGCUGCUCGCCCUCACUGUGGAGUCCUGGGCCUCGCUGUGCGAGUGGGCGGGGAUCGCUGCUGCCCACUCUGGGAAUGUGCCUGCCGAUGCUCAGUCUUUCCAGACCUGAGCUUUAUAACCUUCGAUGGCAGCCAUGCGGCCCUGUUCAAGGAGGCCAUCUAUAUCCUCAGCCAGAGCCCAGACGAAAUCAUCUCCGUCCAUGUCCUGGAUUGUAAGAGUGCCAACCUGGGACACCUGAACUGGCCCCCAUUCUGUCUGGUUGUAUUGAAUGUGACUCAUUUGGCCCAUCAUGUCACCAUCGACCGCUUCAACAGGAAGGUGACUGUGGACUCUCAGGCUGUGUGGCCGCCAGUGAGCAGAUAUGGGUUCCGAAUCGAGGAUACAGGCCACAUGUACAUCAUCCGGACACCCUCACACAUCCAGAUCCAGUGGCUCCACAGCUCAGGACUCAUGAUCCUGGAAGCCAGCAAAGCCAGCAAGGCCCAGGGCCGUGGCCUGUGUGGUGUCUGUGAUGGAGAUGCAGCCAACGACCUCACCCUGAAGGAUGGCUCUGUGGUGGGUGAGGCAGAGGACCCUGCUCCCUUUUUGGACAGCUGGCAAGUGCCCAGCUCCUUGACCUCAGAGGGUCAGACCCGCUUCCGCCCAGACAGUUGCGCCACAGCCGACUGUUCGCCUUGCCUCCGCAUGGUGUCCAACCGCACCUUCAGUGACUGCCACCACUUUGUCUCCCCAGAGUCGUUCUGUGAGCUGUGGAUCCGGGACACGAAGUAUGUGCAGCAGCCCUGUGUGGCACUUACUGUAUACGUGGCUAUGUGCCACAAGUUCCAUGUGUGCAUUGAGUGGCGGGGCUCCGACUACUGCCCCUUCCUGUGCUCCAGUGACUCUACCUACCAGGCAUGUGUAGCGGCUUGUGAGCCCCCUGAAACUUGCCAGGAUGGGAUACUGGGUCCGCUGGACCCCGAGCAGUGCCAAGUGCUGGGUGAGGGCUGCGUGUGCUCAGAGGGUACCAUCCUGCACCGGCGCCACUCUGCACUCUGCAUCCCCGAGGACAAGUGUGCCUGCACCGACAGCACAGGGGUGCCGCGUGCCCUGGGGGAGACCUGGAACAGUUCCCUCAGUGGCUGCUGCCAGCAGCAGUGCCAGGCCCCGGACACCAUCAUACCCGUGGACCUGGACUGCCCUGGUCCCCGGCCUGAGAGCUGCCCGCGCUUUGGAGAAGUGAUCCUGUUACAGCCCACAGAGGACCCCUGCUGCCUGGGGAGUGUAUGCGUGUGUAACCAGACUCUGUGUGAGGGCCUCGCUCCCACCUGCCGCCCUGGCCACAGCCUCAUCACCCACUUCCAGGAGGACUCCUGCUGUCCCAGCUACAGCUGCGAGUGUGACCCUGGUCUGUGUGAGGCUGAGCAGGUCCCCACCUGUCGCCAGGACCAGGUCCUAAUCGCCGGCCGCCUAGGGGACUCCUGCUGUACCUCCUACUUCUGCGGCUGUGGCGAGUGUCCAGAUCCUAUCCCCGAGUGUCAGGAAGGAGAGGCACUCACCGUGCAUAAGAAUACCACGGAGCUCUGCUGCCCUCUGUAUCAGUGUGUGUGUGAGAGCUUCCGCUGCCCACAGGUACAGUGUGGCGUGGGCACUUCCCUGGUGGAGGUGUGGAGCCCAGACCGCUGCUGCCCCUACAAGUCCUGUGAGUGCGACUGUGACACAAUCCCUGUGCCCAGAUGCCAUCUGUGGGAAAAGUCCCAGCUGGAUGAGGGUUUCAUGCACAGCGUGGAGAACGUGUGUGGCUGUGCCAAGUAUGAGUGUGUGAAAGCCCCUGUGUGUCUGAGCCGUGAGUUGGGGGUGAUGCAGCCAGGCCAGACCGUGGUAGAGCUUUCAGCUGAUGGCGUGUGCCAUACAUCCCGAUGCACAGAUGUGCUGGACCCUCUCACCAGCUUCUACCAGAUCAACACCACUUCUGUCCUUUGCGACAUGCACUGCGAGGCGAACCAGGAGUAUGACCACCCACGGGACCUGGCGGCCUGCUGCGGCUCCUGCAGGAACGUGUCCUGCCUCUUCACCUUCCCCAAUGGCACCACUUCCCUGUUCUUGCCUGGUGCAUCCUGGAUUGCAGACUGCGCCCGCCAUCACUGCGGCAGCACUCCCCUGGGCGCCGUCCUUGUCCGCUCCUCCAUCAGCUGCCCUCCGCUCAACGAAACCGAGUGUGCCAAGGUCGGCGGCUCUGUGGUACCGUCCUUGGAAGGAUGCUGUAGGAUGUGUAAGGAAGAUGGGCGCUCCUGCAAGAAGGUGACCAUCCGCAUGACCAUCCGCAAGAAUGAUUGCAGAAGUAACACCCCUGUGAACCUGGUGUCUUGCGAUGGGAGGUGCCCUUCUGCCAGCAUCUACAAUCACAACAUCAACACCUAUGCCCGCUUCUGCAAGUGCUGCCGUGAGGUGGGGCUGCAGCGUCGCUCUGUGCAGCUCUUCUGUGCCGCCAAUGCCACCUGGGUGCCCUACACAGUACAGGAGCCGACCGACUGUGCCUGCCAGUGGUCCUGAGGCCUGGGUGCCAGGGCUGUCUGGGUCACCCCUGCCACCCCCAUGUUCUCCUUUCAGCUGGCCUAGGGGAUUAGGAGAGAGAGGUUGAAGAUGGGAGAGAGCUUGCUCGUGCUGUGUGUGGAACGGUGAACAGCACCCACAAGGAACCAGAAUAGCCCCCCUUUUCCAUCCUGGCUCCCCCUCUGGGUCCCUCCACAUGUGUGUGAGAAAGUGCCAUUUCUCAGGGCUUCUGGAACUCAACGCUACAUGGCUUGAGGUCAGGGAGGAGCUGCAGACCCAGUAGCUGAAGGCCCGUACAUUUGUGACUCUGGUCUGGGCUUCUUGGUAGAGGGACUGGGACGUUCCUGAUACACUGAAAUCAAAGCAGAACCCAGUGCUGGCUUAGGGUUGAGAUUUGGUGGCCCUCUUAACAUAGUGAAAGGAAAAGGGGUUUAAGUAACAUCCUGGCCUGUGUCAAGAGGUGUAGGGCUCCCCAAAGCAAAGAGGAUGAGCCUGGGGGCUCAGGGCUGCACAUGGAGAGCUAUGAGGCAGAAGAGUAGGCUAAACUUCUCUAGCCUCAGAGGAUGCCCUGGUGUUCUGGAAAUUAGAAGAGCAGGUGCAGGUCUGUGCCUUUGUGUGCCACAUGCCCACCCGCAAGCCAGCUUGGCAGAUGUGUGAAGGAUUAUCUCUUUAUCAGGUCCCAGGCAUCCGUGCCACCCCUCUAAGUAGCUCUAGGUUGCAGGUGGCACUUCCAGCCUUUUCUCCAAGGGGAUGGAUGGCAAGUGUGUCUGUGCAAAGGCUUACGUGUGUGUUUGUGGCUCAGCCAACUCCGGUCUCAGUGCUGUCUGGGACUGUGUUGAUGGAGUGUCUGUAGGUGAAAAUGCAGCCAUGUGAGUAUGCGUCCCAGCAGCCCAGUCUCCACACCAAAGUGUCCCCUCCCCCCAAAGCCAGGGCCAGAGCUCCUGUCCACCUGCCACUCUGCAGAUCCCUUCCUCCCUGCGCUGCUUUGUGCUAAUGGGCCUCAAAGGUCAUGGCCUGAUGCUGUUCGGGUCCCAGCAUUGCCCUGAUGCCCCUAUGGGGUAAGGGUGCUGUGUCAGGAUGGUCCCCACAUCUGCUUUGCCUCUGUAACUCGUAUUUUGUUCG